ACUGCCUGCGAAGCAACGCCAGCCGUGCGCGUACUGAAAUCAAGGAGAAAACAAGAUUGAUCCUGCAGGGUGAUAGGACAUAUUCCAGCAAAAACAUAAUAUUUUAUCGCCUAUUUAGAUCACAGAACACGGACUUUGAGACAGAUCAUACAUAGAAGGACUGAGAGCAUGAGAGAUGGAACGGAGACAAGUAACUGGCCAACUGGCCAAGACCUUCCUUGAGAUCCGUGGCGCAUGCUACGUUAACUUUUGGUGCAAAACUGAAAGUUUGACGGGACAGUGACUGGACUGCAUUUUGUAGUUUCUGAGGGUUGAAGUCUGAAUGACCGAGGGACCUGAGAACCACCCCCUACACCAUCUCACCCUGUCUCACCCGCCUCCCCUAGAGGGAGAGAGCAGCCACUACAGCCAACAUGGUGCUGUCACAAAGACAACGAGACGAACUAAACCGAGCGAUAGCAGACUACCUACGCUCCAACGGCUAUGAGGAAGCCUACUCCACCUUCAAGAAAGAGGCUGAGUUAGAUAUGAAUGAGGAGUUAGAUAAGAAGUACGCUGGUCUUUUGGAAAAGAAAUGGACCUCUGUCAUCAGAUUACAGAAGAAGGUGAUGGAGCUGGAGUCGAAGCUGAACGAGGCCAAAGAGGAGAUUACUCUAGGGGGUCCGGUGGCCCAGAAGAGGGACCCUAAGGAGUGGAUCCCCCGUCCCCCAGAGAGAUACGCCCUGAGCGGCCACCGCUCCCCCGUCACACGGGUCAUCUUCCAUCCUGUCUUCUCCGUCAUGGUCACCUCCUCCGAGGACGCCACCAUCAAGGUGUGGGACUAUGAGGCAGGGGACUUUGAGCGGACACUGAAGGGCCAUACAGACUCUGUCCAGGACAUCUCCUUUGACCAGACGGGCAAGCUGCUGGCUUCCUGUUCUGCAGACAUGACCAUCAAGCUGUGGGACUUCCAGGGCUUCGAGUGCAUCCGCACCAUGCACGGUCAUGACCAUAACGUGUCGUCUGUAGCCAUCAUGCCCAACGGAGACCACAUAGUCUCCGCCUCCAGAGACAAGACCAUCAAGAUGUGGGAGGUGGCCACUGGGUACUGUGUGAAGACGUUUACAGGCCACAGGGAGUGGGUGAGGAUGGUCCGGCCCAACCAGGAUGGUUCUCUUAUCGCCAGCUGUUCCAACGACCAGACGGUGCGUGUGUGGGUGGCCACCUCCAAGGAGUGUAAGGCUGAGCUGCGAGAGCACGAACACGUGGUGGAGUGUAUCGCCUGGGCCCCCGACACCGCUCACCCUACCAUCCUGGAGGCUACCGGCUCGGAAAGUAAGAAGAAUGGGAAGUCCGGUCCGUUCCUUCUCUCUGGCUCUAGAGAUAAGACCAUCAAGAUGUGGGAUAUUAGCACUGGCAUGUGCCUUAUGACUCUGGUGGGUCAUGAUAACUGGGUGCGUGGAGUGUUGGUGCACCCUGGAGGCAGGUUCAUAGUGAGCUGUGCUGAUGAUAAGACUCUGAGGAUCUGGGACUACAAGAACAAGCGCUGCAUGAAGACCCUGUGUGCCCACGAACACUUUGUUACCUCUCUGGAUAUGCACCGGACUGCUCCAUACGUGGUAACAGGCAGCGUUGAUCAGACAGUCAAAGUGUGGGAGUGUCGCUGAGUCUGCCUGCAACCUCCCUGUCCUCAUCCUCCUCUCUAACCCACAACCACAGCCCUAUCCCCCCCCCCAACUUCCUCUAUCCCCCCCAACAGCAGCCCUAUAACCCCCUCCUCCCCCCUAUCCUUUCCUACCCUGUCUCUUUGACACUCACCUAAGCCCCACCUCUCGCACUCCAUACCAUGGUUACCCAGGCUCCCCCUCUGCCCCCUAUCCCUCACCCCCUCCCCUGUUAAAAUAAAUAUUGUCCUUUUAUGUAAAUUAUUCUGGAUAUAGAGUACGCUUAAUAAAUGUUACACACUCUAACACACACAUUCUCUCACACACACUAAAAGCGAAAAGUAUUCCUUGCAUGGUGAAUUCCUCCAAAACUUGUAUACUGUAAAUUUUCAUUCCGUUGUCAUGACGUCCUGAUGGGGGUCAAGGGGUAAAUGGUUUGUGUGUUCUGCCCCAGUGGAUGCUGGGUAAUUGUGGCACAGUGCACGCAACCCAAUCACGUAUGUCCUUUAAGGGUUUGGUUUAAUUUAGUUUCUUGCCUCUGCUAUUAUAGUCUGACGCUACCUGGGAGAGAGGGAAGGAGAGGAGUGCGAAAGAAGGAUGAGAGGAUGACAUGGGGAGGAGAAGGAGGAGAAUAAGAGAUACGGGGGGAGGGGGGGGAUUGAAAUGAACAUUUAGUCCUUUAGUUGAGAUGAGUGUGUGCGCAUCUGCGUGCAAUGCGUACUGUACGUGUGUACAUAAUGACAGGAGAAUCUCACUCUCUCUCGCUCUCUUACUCUGUGGUCAUCUGUUUGUACAGAUGUAGAGAAGUAUGUGGAGGCAAACCUUUCCCUCUGUUUAUACUCCCUCUUUCUGACUGACUGGCUUCUAGUACCUACUCAAAGGAGUGUGCUCACUUCUCUCGCUCGCUCUCUCUUACACACACUCAUACUCACACAAACAACAACAGAUGCACAUACACACACGCACAGUAAAAUUGUGUAUCAAUAUCUGGAUGUCAUUGUUGCAACAUAAUUACAAAUAAAAUCUGUAAAUAUAA